AUGGCUGGGACUUUUGACGGGAAAUACGAGCCGGGUGGUCAAUCAGAUGACAACUACCAAUUCGAAAGAUUCCAUAUAGAACCCAUUUAUGAUGCGUUCAUCUGCCCCUUGACGAAACAAGUGAUGCGGGAUCCCGUGACCUUAGAAAAUGGUCAAACCUUCGAGCGAGAGGCCAUAGAGAAAUGGUUCAGAGAGUGCAGAGAAAAAGGGAGAAGGCUUGUGUGCCCCUUAACGCUGAGAGAGUUGAGAAGCACAGAACUAAAUCCGAGUAUUGCUUUAAAGAACACAAUAGAAGAAUGGAACGCUAGAAAUGAGGCAGCUAAGCUCGACAUGGCUCGUCGGUCGUUGUCCCUAAACAGCCCGGAGAAUGACAUAAUCCAGGCUUUGAGUUACGUGCAUCAUCUCUGUGCAAAAAACAGGUCAAACAAGCACGCAAUUAGAAAUGCCGAGCUGUUGCCAAUGAUUGUUGAUGUGUUGAGGAGCAGCAGUCGGCCCGUACGGUGCAAAGCACUUGCGACACUCCGGAUUGUGGUGGAGGAUGACUCUGAUAAUAAGGAAAUAAUGGCCGAAGGAGAUACAGUCCGUACGAUAGUUAAAUUCUUAUCCCAUGAACAAUCCAAAGAGAGAGAAGAAGCAAUUUCUUUGUUAUUUGAGCUCUCUAAAUCAGAAAAACUAUGUGAAAAAAUUGGUUCAGUGAAUGGAGCCAUUCUAAUUUUAGUAGGAAUGGCUAGCAGCAAAUCAGAAAAUGUUUUAACUGUUGAAAAGGCAGAUCAAACACUGGAAAAUCUUGCCGUGUGUGAGACCAACGUACGACAGAUGGCUGAAUGCGGUAGAUUACAACCACUUUUGACAUUGCUACUUGAAGGAUCCCCAGAAACUAAACUGUCAAUGGCGGCAUUCCUGGGCGAACUGGCUCUGAACAACGACGUGAAAGUGUUUGUGGCCAGGACCGCGGGCUUAUCCCUCAUCAACCUCGUGAAGAGCAACAACCCCCAGUCCCGGGAGGCCGCCCUUAAGGCCCUGAACCAGAUCUCGUCCGACGAGUCGAGCGCCAAGAUCCUGAUCGAGGCCGGCAUCCUCCCCCAGCUCGUGAGGGACCUCUUCACAGUCGGCAACAAGCACUUCUCUAUGCGUCUCAAGGAGGUCUCUGCUACCAUCCUCUCCAACAUCGUCAAUUCCGCCGGCCACAGCUUUGACUCCAUCCCCGUGGGCCCCGGCCGCCAGACCCUCGUCUCGGAGGAGAUCAUCCACAACCUCCUCUACCUCAUCAGCAACACCGGCCCCUCCAUCGAGUGCAAGCUCCUCCAGGUGCUCGUGGGCCUCACCGGCCCAGGCCCAACUGUGUUGGACGUCGUCUCGGCCAUCCGCAGCUCGGGCGCAAUCGCUAGCCUCGUCCAGUUCAUCGAGGCCCAGCAAUCCGACCUACAACUCGCCUCCAUCAAGCUUCUCCAGAACCUCUCCCCUCACAUGGGCCAGGAGCUUGUUGACUCCCUGCCCGGCCAGCUCGGAAGCUUGGUCCGGGUGAUAGUUGAGGGUUCCGGGAUAACCGAGGAGCAGGCGGCAGCUGUAGGGCUCCUCGCUGGCCUGCCCGAGCAGGACAUGGGCCUCACCCAGCUGUUGCUCGCUGAGGGCACCUUCCAGCUUUUCAUCUCCAGGAUAGUCAGGAUCAGGCAGGGGGAGACAAGGGGCAGCCGCUUUUUGACCCCCUAUUUAGACGGACUCGUGAAGGUCCUCUCUAGGGUCACGUUCGCUCUCUCUGAGGAAUCGGGUCGGGCCCGUGGGCUUUGCCAGGACCACAACCUUGCGGCCCUCUUCAUAGAUCUCCUGCAGGCGAAUGGGCUGGACAACGUGCAGAUGGUCUCGGCUGUGGCCCUCGAGAAUCUCUCCCACGAAUCCAAGAACUUGACCAAGCUGCCCGAGUUACCGUCCCCGGGCUUCUGUGUUUCCAUUUUCCCAUGCCUAAGCAAGCCGAGCGUGAUGACCGGGCUGUGCAAGGUCCAUCGUGGUACGUGCUCUUUGAAGGAGACUUUUUGUUUACUGGAAGGACAAGCGGUGAGUAAAUUAGUGGCUCUUUUGGACCACACAAACGAUACCGUGGUUGAGGCCUCGCUGGCGGCUUUGUCGACCUUGUUGGAUGAUGGGGUUGAUAUAGAUGCGGGUAUUCUGGUGUUGCUUGAUGCGGAUGGGGUUAAGCCGAUGCUCGACUUGUUGCUUGAGAAAAGGACGGAUAGUCUCAAGAGGAGGGCUGUGUGGGUGGCCGAGAGGCUGUUGAGGAACGAGGAGAUAGCCAUUGAGGUGACUGAUAAUCCUAAUAUUAGCACCGCCCUUGUUGAUGCUUUCCAGCAUGGGGAUUACCAGACACGCCAGAUUGCCGAGCGUGCUUUGAAGCAUGUCGAUAAGAUCCCAAAUUUCUCUGGUGUAUUUCCGAACCAUGGCUAG